CACAUAAGUUCAGGAUGAAGUGUUUAAGAAAGUGAUGUAAUACUGAAAAGGAAAGUGUAAAAUAAGUGAAUAAGAAGAAAAGAGGAACGAGAGGAGGACCUAAGAAGCGAUACAAAGCGUUACAGAUCAAAAGAAGAAGAAGAGCCGUUCAUAUUUUUCAAAUAAUUCUGAUUAUCUUCAACUUAAAUCUAUCAAAGUUCUCAUAUGCAGUAGUUCUUUCUCAAAAAUGAAAGCGAAAAAAAGUUAAGCGCGUAUCUGCCAAUGUUUACGAGUGCGGCGUGGUGAGUGGUCUGUGGCCUAACUAGCCCCAUCAAACACCCAAGACCCUGUGCCUGCCUGCUUGAGGUGGGCUGCCAGGGCCCUCCACAGUAUCUGCCCCUCGGGUGACUUCAAGGAAGAUGUUAUGGUGAAAGCUUAGCCGUCCUGGAAAACUCAUCUAAUAAUUUCCUGCAUACACAUCCAUGGCCAAUGCUAUGGAAGUAGAAAGUGAAUCUCAUCAACCCCCAGCAGUGGCAAAAUUGGAAAUACCAUAUAAUUCCCAACAAGAAGCUGAAGUGGUUCGCAACAGCUUGCAAGUUGAUAGAGAACCAAAGAGGGGAGGAUCUUCAAAAGUUUUCUCCAUCAAGGGGAACAUUUUGUGUGUGGAAAUCAGAUCUCCUGAUGUUCGGCAGCUACGGACAGCUGUUUCUUCCUUCAUGGAUCUCCUGCACCUAGUGACAAAGACUGUAAAUCAGUUUGGACCUCCAAUGCAGCAAUGUAAAAAAGUAUGUGUAAAAUGACAAAGAAUUAUCAUUACUUAUUGCUCGUAUUUUAAAUAAGUUCUUAGCAUAUAUUUCAUUUGACCUUGUAUUGCCAGUAGUGUGUGAACGUCUGACUAAAAGUAAGAAACAAAUGUGAUCUUGGUAACAUUUAAUAUAACUAGUUAGUUAGUAAUCAAGCUGCAAGCAGAGUUACAUUUUAAUUUAUGACAUUUCUAUUUGUAAACUAUAAUUGACGCAAG